AUGGGAACUAGUCAUAUGAACAAUGACAUUGAUACAUCAAGCGAGGAAAAGGGAGAAAAUACAAAGAAAAAGGAAGAAAACGAAGAGGAACCUAUUGAAUCACAAACCCUAGAAAAAUCAAUUGAAGACACUGAAGCUAGGAAGUUAUGGGUAGAGGUGUUAAGUGGAAAUCGGAACCUAGGAAAUGGAAUGGCGAUUGAAUUCGUAACACCUAAAAUCAUCAAUGGAGAGGUUGAAAUUGAAAUAGACGAAUCCGACAUCGAGAAUGAGGUAAAGUUCUGGGACUCUACGCUAGCAAUGUAUGUAUUAGGUGGAGAUUUGAGUAUGAAUAUAAUUAAGCAAUUCAUGAUGAUGAUGUGGAAUUUCGUUAAGCCUCCAGAUAUGUAUUAUAAUGAAGAAGGUUAUUCCAUCUUACGAUUUCAUUCCUAUCAUGAUAAGGAUGCGGUGCUAAUGAAAGGACCUUAUACUAUAAGGAAUGUGCCUAUGUUUUUGAGGGAGUGGAAGCCUGCCUUCAAUUUGAAGAAUGAUAUGCUGCGAACUCUACCAAUCUGGGUGAAAUUGCCUCAGCUUCCAUUGCACUUAUGGGGAGUGAGGAGUUUGAGUAAAAUAAGCAAUUCCUUGGGAAAUCCUCUAGUACCUCAUGAGUGCACGACCAAUAAGUUCAGGAUCUUAUAUGUCAGGAUACUGCUGGAGGUGGAUAUUAGUCAAGAGCUAGCUAAGGAGACUACCAUAAAAGAUCCAGAGGUUUGA